AUGACGGCUCAACUCCACGCGCAGAUCCCCACAGAUAACCGCACAGCUUUUGGGUCUGUCAACAUUCCUCCCGUUGUGUUCCCCAAGAAUGCAUCCGCUCCAUCUCCAGACCUGGAUGUGAGCGGCACCGCUACCACUGCAGUCGACGCGCUGAACGAAGCGCUGAAGAAGGCCGACUACUCGACUGCCGCCAAGCUCUUUGUCGACCAAGGCUAUUGGAGAGACCACCUGGCUCUGACUUGGGAAUUCCGCACGGUUCAAGGAACCCAGGGCAUCACCAGCCUCCUGCAAGAUAGCUCCAAGUCGAAAGAUGGAUUUCGCUUGAAGGAGGUUACAAUAAAUACGAGCUCGGCGGGGCGAGCACCCAAAGUGGCUGCUCUUGACGCCGAAGGCGAGGUUCCGGGAAUCCAGUUCUUCAUUACUUUUAAGACUGUGAUUGGAUCUGGAAACGGUGUCGCUAGACUGGUGAAUGACAAUGGAACCUGGAAAUUCUUCUCAAUAUACACAGCCCUUGACGAAAUCGACGGCCACCCAGAGCUGCUCGGUGAAAGACGACCCAAGGGAGUCAAGCAUGGACAGAAGCGAGGCCCUCAGAACUGGGCUGAGACGAGACAACAAGAGAUUACGUACCAGGGCGAGGCCCAGCCAGCUGUUAUAAUCAUCGGAGCUGGACAAGCUGGAUUGACAGCGGCAGCUAGGCUAAAGGCAAUUGGUGUCAAUGCCUUGAUCAUUGAGGAAAAUGGCCGCGUAGGGGACAACUGGCGAAAGCGCUACCACAAUCUCGUGCUUCACGAUACGGUUUGGUACCAGCACCUGCCGUACAUUCCUUUCCCACCGCAAUGGCCCAUCUUUACUCCUAAAGACAAGCUGGCCACCUUUUUCGAGGCCUACGCAACUCUGCUCGAGCUGAAUGUCUGGACAAAGACGAAGCUUGGAGAUGUCAAGUGGGAGGAUGCUACAAACAGCUGGUCUGUCACGGUGCAGCGACAAAAAGAAGACGGCACGACAGAGACACGGACUUUCCACCCGCAUCACAUCAUCCAAGCUACCGGUCUCUCGGGAUUCAAAUUUGUGCCCAAGCUGAAAGGAAUGGAAAAUUUCAAGGGCGAUCGUCUCUGCCACUCUUCAGAUUUCCCCGGAUCAACGCCGAAUAGCACAGGAAAGAAGGCCGUCAUCGUCGGUUGCUGCACUUCGGCCCACGAUAUUGCCCAGGAUUACGUGGAAAACGGCUACGACGUGACUUUGGUCCAAAGAUCAAGCACCUUUGUCGCAUCAUCUAAGUCUGUCAGUGAUAUCUUGUUGCGAGACUUUACAGAGGGUGGCCCUCCAUUAGAGGAUCUGGACUUGCUAUUCCACAGCCAGCCCACCGCGGUGCUCAAGGCCCUGCAUACGUCUUCUGCCAAGAAACAGACUGAGCAUGACCGAGAAACCCUCGAGGGCUUACGUAAAGUCGGAUUCAACGUGGAUAGUGGUCCAGACGGUGCAGGCCUCCUGUUCAAGUACUUCCAGCUGGGAGGGCGCUACUACAUCGACGUUGGUGCCUCCAAGCUGAUUGUGGACGGCCAAAUCAAGGUCAAGCAGGGCAAGGAGAUUGCCGAAGUGCUCCCCAACGGUCUACGUUUCGAAGACGGCAGCGAGCUCGAGGCGGACGAGAUCAUCUUGGCCACGGGAUACGGAAACAUGCGAGAAAAGACCCGCGCCAUGCUGGGAGAUGCUGUUGCGGACAAGAUUGGCGAUGUCUGGGGUUUCGGUGAGGGAGGCGAGCUGCGCAACAUCUUCCAGCGGACUGGCCAUCCGGGUUUCUGGAUCCACGGGAGCAGUCUGGCGCUGUGUCGGUACUACUCGAAGGCGUUGUCGCUGCAGAUUAAGGGGCUUGAGGAAGGCUUGUACAAGUACGGCGAGAAAUAG